CUUUAUGCCAAUUCUGAAACACAAUGACUUUAUCUCGUCACAAUGCCUCUGUCUCAUCAUCCGACAGCAAGCGUCUACGAGACCGAUUGGCGCAGAAAGCCCAGCGGGAGAAACGAGAAGCUCGGAUGAAAGGUCUGGAAGAUCGCGUGGCGUUUUGCGACCAGAAUCAUGGACCGGCAUCGAUGCAGCAGUACACAGUCACCUUGAACCGAGUGCUCGAGGAGAACAAAAGAUUACAGGAACAACAAGUCUUGUUCCGACAUUUGCUGGGUCAAUUUAACGAUGUCUUAUCUGAGAAAUCCUCAUCGCAGACGCUGCUCCCUCCGGUGGCGAAUACUUGGCAUCCAACUCCGGAGACGGGCUUGCCUGGGACUCUAGAGAUGCAAUCUCAGAUCAAGAGUGGUCUACAAUACGAUAGCACAAUAUCUAGCUCUAUCGGCACCGCGUCAGUGAGACACGAACCGAGAAUAGGCCAACGUCCGACAGAGCCUACUAUGCCGCUCAGUCUGCCAACCCAGCCCUCUCAGCCGGCGAUCACACCAAACGCCAUUCCAAACUGGUCUCUCACCCCAGUCAACGAAUACGGAAUGAACCCCGCCUUCAUGCCGGCUACAUGUCCAUGGUUCUCCCGCCCGGAUCUCGUGGCUGCGUGUCCGCCCGUCCCGGCCCCUCUGGAUCUCCUCUACGGCACGCGACGUAACUACCUAGCGGACGAAAUCAGCCGGGGCAUGCGGCGUCAAUCGCUCCGAGACCCGGAGUGUCUUGCCAGCGGGUGGUUGACAUACGUGUAUAGCAAAUGGAGAGUGUCUCCGAACCCUGCUACCUUCGAAAGAUUACCCAAAUUCCUGCAGCCCCUGAUGAUGCAGCUGCAACGGGGACAUCCGAACCUAAUAGACUUGAUUAUAUGGCCGCAGCUGCGGAUAAAUAUGAUUAAGCAUUGGACGAAAUAUGACUACUGUGAGCUGAUUGAUUAUAUGUCCUGCUGUACGAAGGUCCGAUGGCCUUGGGGAAGGGAUAUUUUGGAACGCGAUGAGGCGGAUAAUUUACGCAUUCCGCAGGAUUUCUUUGAUGUUUUCACUCAAGUGAGUGGAUGGGGCUUGACGACGGAGUUCAUCGAGAAAUAUCCCGACUUGGUGGAGGGAAUGGAUGUGGAGGCGCUGCGAUUCUCCUAUGAUCCUGCAGCACGUGUGCAGUGACAUGUGUGUAGAAUAAAUGUCAAUGCAAAAGGUGAACGAAUUAAGCAAG